GAAAAGAAAAGAAAAGAAAAGAAAAACCAGAGAUGAACCAGAAGUUCACGACGACAAUACUCACAAAAUCCUAACCAUUUUCGCGUCCGUACAAGCCUCCAUUGAAGCCCUAGCGAAGCACGAAUCGAGUUCCCGAAACUUCCGAUGCAAGACCUCAUCGGAUCGGUCCGCCGGUCGCUGGUGUUCCGAACCUCCGCCCAGGGUGGCGGCGACGAUGGUGGGGGAGGCUUCGGUGGCUUCGUCGAGAAGAUAGGAUCCAGCAUUCGCAAAUCGCGAAUCGGACUGUUCUCGAAGCCUCCGCCGGUCCGGGCGCUUCCUCCUCCUCCACCGCCGACGAAGCCGCAGAAGAAGGACGAGUCGCCGCCGAUCCGGUGGCGGAAGGGCGAGCUGAUUGGAUGCGGCGCCUUCGGUCGGGUCUACAUGGGGAUGAACCUCGACUCCGGCGAGCUUCUCGCAGUGAAACAGGUGCUAAUUGCUGCUAAUAGUGCUUCAAAGGAGAAAACACAGGCUCAAAUUCGAGAGCUGGAAGAAGAAGUGAAGCUUCUGAAGAAUCUGUCACAUCCAAAUAUAGUUAGGUACUUGGGAACUGCUAGGGAAGAUGAGUCGUUGAAUAUUCUAUUGGAAUUUGUUCCAGGCGGAUCCAUAUCAUCUUUACUGGGGAAAUUUGGAUCCUUUCCUGAGUCUGUCAUAAGAAUGUAUACGAAACAGUUACUAUUGGGUCUCGAGUACCUUCACAAGAAUGGGAUUAUGCACCGGGAUAUCAAGGGUGCAAACAUCCUCGUUGAUAAUAAAGGGUGCAUUAAACUUGCGGACUUCGGAGCAUCCAAGAAAGUUGUUGAGCUGGCUACUAUAAAUUGUGCCAAGUCAAUGAAGGGUACUCCAUAUUGGAUGGCUCCUGAAGUUAUUCUCCAAACUGGGCAUAGCUUCUCGGCCGAUAUAUGGAGUGUUGGAUGUACUGUGAUUGAGAUGGCUACAGGAAAGCCUCCGUGGAGCCAGCAGUAUCAAGAGGUUGCGGCUCUCUUUCAUAUUGGAACAACAAAAUCUCAUCCACCCAUUCCCGAACAUCUCUCUGCUGAGGCCAAGGAUUUUCUGCUAAAAUGUUUGCACAAGGAACCGGACUUUAGGCCAGCUGCAUCAGAGUUGUUGCAGCAUCCAUUUGUCACCAAUGAGUAUCAGGAAUCGCUUCCAGUAUUUCGCACUUCAGUUUUGGAAUUUGGAAACGUGAUGGCAACACCUGGGGUAAAUCUAAGGAACUCAAGGUCAACCUCCGCUGGCUUGAAAGAUAUUUUUGACUUGGGUGGUUUGAGAUGCUCAACUGUAUAUCCCGAGAAUUUUUCAGGAGCAAGAUCACACUGGGCACAAACCAAUUCUGAUGAUGAAAUGUGUCAGAUUGAUGAUAAGGAUGAUCUUGUUGUUAGUUCGUUAGUAAAGUUCAAAUCUGCCUUGGACUCAAAUGAUUUGACUAAGAGUUUUAAUCCUAUGUGUGAACCAACUGAUGAUUGGCCAUAUAAAUUUGAUAAAAGUUUGGAGUUGGAUGGAGUUGGAAUGAACACAGCUCCUGGUCAAACUGUUCAAAUGGCUGAUUGCAGCCCUGGAGUAUCUGGCAAGGAGAACGACUUUGAAUUUUUUUCUGGCCCAUCUGCAGCUGAGGAUGAUGAUGAAGUGACAGAGUCAAAAAUUAGAGCCUUUCUGGAUGAAAAGGCAUUAGAUCUGAAGAAGCUGCAGACACCCCUUGAGCAGUUCUAUAAUAGCACAAUGAAUGCAGCUGAUCAUCCAAGUGCUGUGGGAACUCCUGAUGGUGAAAAUGUUGCAAGUAAUCUAAAUUUACCUCCAAAAAGCAAGUCACCUAGUCGGUUACCUAGCAGAAGAUUCUCUUCCAUGAUUGAUGCUGCCAAGACUUUCAGCCCCGGGACCAAGAGUCGUACAAAAGAAGCAUUAAAUGCUAGCGGUGUACAUGCUCGAGCCUUGCAAGAAAUCCAGCCACCUCAGCUUAGUGAUUGGAAAGAUCUUGAUGCUCAGGACGGGUCAUGUAGCCAAAGCACAAGCUGCUCCGAGAGGGAAAGGAAGUGGACAGAAGAGCUAGUUGAAGAGCUUGAGAGGACGCGAGAGAUUAUGCGUCAAGCGGGGGUAGGAGCCAAGACAUCAUCUCCAAAGGAUCCGAUACUAAUUAGACAGAGGUCACGGGUUGCGUUCCCAGGAAAAUGAAACUGUAUGUACCUCAAUUGUAUUUAUGUCAGUUUUUCAUACGGAAAUAAGUUAUAGAUUUUCCGUUGAGGGAGUGAUCAUCAUCACGCAUGGAUUCCCUUAUGGUGAGAAUGGUGUCCAUUAGUAAAAAUGGUCACCUUGUCAUACCUGCAUGAAUAGAGCCUGUAAGCCCUCCCACCCCACUGUAUUUUUUGUAUUAUUUUUGUUUCGAUUCUCUUUCUUCCAUAUGUACGUUAUUGCGGAACAUGAAUCAUGAAGUACUUGAGUUUGUGUGAAUCAUAUAUAAUAGAGAACAAUAUAACGGU